AUGAAAUGGAAAAAGGUCGUGGAACGCGCCGUGGGUGAAUGUCCUUUCAUUGAGAGCCGCUAUCAACGUCAAUGGCCAAUAGUGGUGUAUCUAAAGCUGUAUCUCAGUUCGAAGGCCCAGAAAUGUAGAUUGGAGACCCAGUUGCUGAACUCGGCAGGUAUUGCGUCUCACAAUACUUACAAUGGUGAGCCACAUAAGAAUACGCAGACCCUGGGGAAGACAUCAAGAAUUAUGAUUACCAGCAUCCCCCAGUGCCUCUCCAGGCCGGCCGUCGAUGGUAACUGGAACACAAGGUCUGAUGUUGAACGCGAUGUGAACGACUCCUUUGCUGCCGCCUUGCGCGGACUUUCAGCAGACCUGGAAACCUUUGCGCCAGCGUUCUCUCAGGUCGGCUUGACGAGCGUAGACCAUUUCAAGAUGAUGAUGAAGUGGCCAGAGGCAGAGCGUAAUGCCUUUUUGAAGACUGACAUGAAGCUAAACCCGUUUGAGUUUCACAAUGUCCGAGCCGCACUUGCGAAGUUCAUGGAUGAGCAGUGGGGUACUAUGCAAGAGUCGUACUAG